AUGCCUCACUGCCCGCCCCAACCGCCUUCCCCUGAAGCACUGUCCAAGAAUGUACCAAGUGUCCUGUCCGACGGCCACAAUUGUUCUGGCCUCACCAAUCAAACGGCUCCGGUCUUUCGCACCACUCGGCCUAUGGCUGCACUUCUUCGAGUCAUUCAACCCCUUCCAGUCAGCCCGGCUCAGCUUAGCCGUCACGUGAUUGGCCCUCAGCUCGCUCACAGCCCCGAAACCCUGCCCCUGAUCCACACGUCCUCACGCACUGUCGCUUCAACUCGGAUGACCUUGAGCCGUGAGUCGUAG